AUGGAGCGAUUAAAAAUAUCUGAUGGGAAUAGUUUGGAAGGUUUAAAAAAGCAAGUAUGUUCAAAUUGUGGUCGAAAACGAAUGUAUUUUUGUUACAACUGCAAAAUUUACAUGCCUGGUGUGGAGCAAUUGGUUCCACGAUUGGAGCUUCCAUUUCAUAUUGAUAUUAUCAAACAUCCACAAGAAAAGAAUAGUAAAAGUACAGCACUGCAUUGUCUUCUGCUUGCGCCAUCUUCCACUACAUUGUAUGAAUCAUCCAAUGUUCCUGAUUAUAACUUACCGAACUAUGAACACGAAAAUACGGUGUUGGUAGUUUACUCCGAAAAUGCUUCUUCUGUAUAUGAUUUUGUCAAGAAACGAGGUCCUGUCAGACGUUUUGUGUUCCUCGACUCAACAUGGUUUCAGAUUGGGGGAUUAAAGCUCUUACCGCAGUUACAGAAUCUUCCUGCUGUGACAUUACGAUCUUACAAAACGAAAUAUUGGCGACCUCAGCGAGGCAUGACGGAUUAUCAUCUUGCCACAAUUGAAGCAAUCUAUUAUGCGCUUAGGGAAGCUUUCGAAGCUUCAUCUACUAGAAAAUAUGAUGGUUGUUUUGAUGAUAUUUUAUUCUGGUUUUUCAUUUUUCGGUCAAAAGUUGAUGAAGCCCUUUUGAAAGGCGAAGGACGAAAUGCUUUAUAA